AAAAAAUAAUGCCCUUGAACCAAGAGUGAAACUGAACUAAUCUAAGGAAAACACUGUGAGCAAACACCAAGAGCUUAGGGAAACCAUCUGAUUAGGGCAGCCAGGCUCAGGAGCACUGCCCGCCCGCCCACACCCGGCUCAGGAGGAAGGCGCAGCUCGUCCUGAGCAGGUGGUCGGAAGGUGCGCGGGCUAAGGCCAUGUCCACCACCACAUGCCAAGUGGUGGGCUUCCUCCUGUCCCUCCUGGGCCUGGCCGGCUGCAUCGCCGCCACGGGGAUGGACAUGUGGAGCACCCAGGACCUGUAUGACAACCCCGUCACCUCUGUGUUCCAGUACGAGGGGCUCUGGCGGAGCUGCGUGAGGCAGAGCUCAGGGUUCACCGAGUGCCGGCCCUACUUCACCAUCCUGGGCCUUCCAGCCAUGCUGCAAGCAGUACGAGCCCUGAUGAUCGUGGGCAUUGUCCUGGGUGCCAUCAGCCUCCUGGUGUCCAUCUUUGCCCUGAAGUGCAUCCGCAUUGGCAGCAUGGAGGACUCCGCCAAAGCCAACAUGACACUGACCUCUGGGAUCAUGUUCAUCAUCUCAGGUCUCUGUGCAAUCGUUGGAGUAUCUGUAUUUGCCAACAUGCUUGUUACUAACUUCUGGAUGUCUACAGCUAACAUGUACACCGGCAUGGGUGGGAUGGUGCAGACCGUUCAGACCAGGUACACCUUUGGUUCGGCUCUGUUCGUGGGUUGGGUUGCUGGAGGCCUCACACUAAUUGGGGGUGUGAUGAUGUGCAUUGCCUGCCGGGGCCUGGCACCUGAGGAAACCAACUACAAAGCUGUGUCUUACCAUGCCUCAGGCCACAACGUCGCCUAUAAGCCCGGAGGCUUCAAGGCCAGCACUGCCUUUGGGCCCAAUAGCAAAAACAAGAAGAUAUACGAUGGGGGUGCCCGCACAGAGGACGAGGUACAGUCUCAUCCUUCCAAGUACGACUACGUGUAGCGCUCCAAGACACCUCGGCAUGGGCAAAAGAAUCCCCCAGUUAGAACGUACUUGAAAAACAAGGAAAUUUUACCUUGACUCCUGAUUGCUUUUGACUCACAGUUGAAAGUUAGAAAAACUUUGAUUUCACCCGUGAGGUGGCCAGAUGGUCUGGGCCACAUGUCUCUAUGUCUCUAAUGUUCCAUCACAAAAACAGCUGAGUUAUCAGAUAUGAAUUAGAGGCUACCGUUCACGGUUUCCAAUCCCCUAUUUCUUUUUUUUAAUUUAACCUUUCUAAUCUGAUGAUAGAAUGUGGUUUGAAUUCCUAUCAGACAAUAGCCCAUCGAUGAUCUAUUUCCCAACUCGUCCCCCAGAACAAUUCUGCAAGGAAAAAAGGAGAGUCCAUCAAAAGACAUCAUUUCCUGCUAUUUGAUUUUAACCUCCCCCGCCAACUUGGCUACUAAUAAACACUGAUUGAAGAAGAGGUGAUAGGGAAAGAUAUUUGUUAUGUCUCCAGCUCAUUAUCUGAGUUUUUUUACACUGUGAUCUUGACAUUACCUGGACCAAAGCAAUUUCAGUUUAAGGAAAGCUUUCUGCUUUUGCUGGCAACUGCUAAUUCCAGUAUGAUGCCCCCAGGGGUCUCCUGGGCUCCCCACUGCAGGUCCUUUUUCUGUCACAGGCCAGAAAGUGUCCCUAGAAGAAUGAGAAAAGGAUAUUUGUGGGUAAUCUGAAUAUAUAUGGUAUUCUCAAUAUAGUUAGAAUAAAUAUUAGUGAAACAAUACAAUGUCUCUGAAUUAGCCUCACCCCUGCACAUGAAUAGAAGAAAAUGAAAAAAUAAUUGCUUUGGUAUUGUCUAUGUUGACUUUGUAAAAUCAUCCUUAAGUUUGAAUUCCAUGAAAUGUUCACUGAUCCUAAUUAUUUCCCUUUGAGCUCUCCAGGACUAUGACUACACAGGAUAGAUACAGUGUAACCCUGUAAAAACCAAAGGAUGAAGCUGAGGGAAUGAGUUGAAACCAAUUCUUUCAAACGACAAGCACAACUACAAAGUGAUGAGCCUGGGUGUAAUGUGAUGGCAAGUGACCCCUGUGCACAUUUGCAUGGCUAGAGGUCACUGUCAGUUGACAGGAACACUUACUAGGCACUGUGGUCAGCUUUCAUACUCAGAGAGCUCUUCCCUUCACUAACUUUACCUACAGUGGUUGGACCAUGAUGUUCAAGAACUGAAAGCUCUUGACAGCCACACACCUUCCCUGUGUUCACAUGCCUGCUGCAGAAAGCCUGAAUUCCUUCCAGGCCACCAGAAUUCCAUCUUAGCACCAGAGCCAGAAUAGGUCCCCAGGGAAGUAAAAUAAGAGCAGUCUCUCAAAACUACCCAAUCAGGGAGCAGCACUGGCACUGGGGGAAUCUCACCAUUGGAUUAUUAUUUGGGGAAAAAAGUCCCUACACCAAUAGUGCAUGUGAAAGUGGCCUCCAGGGAUUUGGGUGACUAUUCAUAGGGGUCUUCAGACACAACAGAGUAUGUCUGGGGAAAACCAGAUCACAGCCCAUUAAACAGAGAGGAAUUUUGUUCACCAACAUCCAAAGCAAACUCAGAGACCCUUCUCACUGAGACCGCAAUGGUUCUAAGCUACAUCAGAUACGGUAUUCAUGGAACUCAUUGUCUGAGAUGGGAUAAAGGGUGGAUAGAUAAUUCAAGAAAAACAACAACAACCAAAAAAAGGCAGAGAUGGGGGAAAACAAAACUGAGCAACCAAGGGCAUGGAGAUUGUGAGGGUUCUCAGGAUUUGACUUGAAGGCCAUGGGCACAAUGAACCUUCUUUGCUACCACCAGAAAGUCCCUGGUCCGGUCUGAGGCACUGAGGUGUGGCUCAGCUGGGUUUUUAAUCAGCACAUUCUCUACCCAACCCUGUGUUGUAUGAAAGCCUCCGUGAGUUAGACUGUGCUUUGUAAUUUUGUUAUUGUUGCUCUAGCCUAUUGUAUAUGCAUUGACUAUUGACCUGCAUGUUUUGUGAACUAAAUAUUAAAAUUAC